AUGUUAAAUUUUCACUGUGUAUUCAUCACAUCUUUGAUGUUAUAUUUCUUAUCCAUUGGACGACAGUAUUUAGGCAUUACAGCGCAAGAUAGUGAUGAUGAUGACAGUAAAAGUCCAUUUCGUUGGUUUAAACAAGAUAAUUUUGAUAUUAUAUCACGUAAAAUGGAUCAAGCUAAUCCAAAUAAUUGUGAAACAAUGUCAGAAGCCGACCUACGUCUACCGCCAACAUCAUUAAGUCAAUUACCACAAUAUAAUGAGAUCCCGUUAAGACAAUGGUUUACAAAUCGUUCGAAAUUAUUACAUUUACAUAAUUUAGCCUUGAAUCGUGCAUUUUUUUAUAGUUAUAUCUUACAACGGUUAGAUCAUCCAACAAGGGAUCCACAACAUUUACCAUCGUUAAUGUAUUAUUAUAUGUCAGCAGCAGCUGAUGUUUCUUCAGGACCAAAUGUUAUGAAUGCCUCGGGUGUAUUUAUGGAUACAAAUACAACUUAUGCUAAUUGGUAUGAAUUAAAAGAUAUUAAUAGAACAUUACCGUUAUUUGGACCAUUAGCAAGACGAUUAGAUAAUUGGAAUGAUGAAAUGAACUUUUUAAGAAUACCAACUAAUAAUACAAUUGAAAUCACUGAUCUUGGAGCAGGACCAAAUAGUAAUUAUACAGCUUCAUGGUAUAAAAAUAAUCCAUAUAUACGUGACCGUGAAAUGGGUAUUGAUUUUAUUCCAGAUAGACGGGGUACAGCACCGAGUAAAAAUCAAUAUACUGCAAAAAUUCAACUUGCUACAAUCACUGGUGAUCCUAUUGAAGAGCUGGAAAAUGUUAAAUUCUAUGGACCAAAUGCACCAGGUGUUAAGGAGACAUUUUUACCUGUACGUUUUACUCGACCUUAUUAUGAUUGUGGGGGGACAAACAGAUGGAUUGUGAGUUCUGUUUCGGCGUUGACAGAUUUUAUGCCACGUUAUUCAAAUAUCACGCGACUAAGAGGUCCAAGAAUGAUUGGUGUAGUUGUGCAAAGUAUGGAUUUCUAUAGAAUCGAUUUUAAUCCAUGUCCACCGGGAUUAGGAAAUCCAAAUCAUUUUUUAGCUGGAAUAGCACGUUGCAAACCGACAACUUUGUGUGUACCUCUUCCUGGUUUCGGUUUCAAAAGAGGCGGUUAUCAGUGCGUUUGUCAGCCUGGACAUCGUUUACCUUAUGAACAAGAUGGACCAUUUCGUGGUGUUGAUAUAGAAGCAGCCACUGAAGAAGAAUAUCGAAAUAACUUUGAUUGUAUUCCAGUUGGUUGGCGUGAAGUUAUCCCCGAGGAGACUGGUAUGAAAAAUGUUCUCGACAGAAGUCGUCGUUCACCGGAUGAACAAUCAGAUUCAUUGACAUUUUGGAGUCGAUUUAAAGAUCCAGCAGUACAUUUAAUGAACUCAAUAUUCACAACAUUUGGUUCUGUAAAACAAAAUCUCUUCCCAACACCACCACCACCACCACAAUUGGAUGCAUCGUUACCAAUUGACGGACUACUGAACACACCAUUGAUAUCGUUAGUAAAUCAAAGUGAUCAACCAUCUGAUCGUCUUGUUCCUGGUUAUCGAUCAGUUAGACACCUUCUACCAUUAGAGGCGAGUGAUUUCGCUUCAACAUUCACUUCAACACAAUCAGAUAAUGGUGUUCCCUAUGAAAAUGAGUCAUAUGCGAUCAAUGAGAAUUAUGAUGAAGUGAAACAACGUAAACGAAGAAAUGCUGAAACACCUUUUUAUACAGUUGGUGUUGGUACAGUCUUUGAUGCAGAUAGGUAUUUUGAAGUUCAACGUUUAAUUGCACAUGUACGUAAAGUGACGAGUAAAAAUUGUCAACAAAUGACUCCAGAUCAAUUAAUUCUACCUGGGGAAGUUAGUUAUGGUGUGGAGAAACAAUUUGAAAUGGUUGGUCGGACAGCACUACGUCUAUCCCACUUUCUUAGUGCUUAUUAUCAAAAUAAUGUUAUCGGCGAAUUGUACGGUAGUUUAAAGACUGGUUUUCCAAUUAAUCGUUAUCAGCUGUUUGGUGAAGUGAUUGCCAAUGUCUUAUCAAAUUUUGAUAUUGUCUCAAGUGGAAUAUUUUUCGAUUAUCAAAUGUUCACAGAUCAUGAAGGUGUUACUUGGGAUUUAUUUGCCCCAUACGCCUAUAAACCAGUUCAUGCAACUCAAGCAGCUGAAGCAAUUGAUAUGAGUAUAAAUUAUUAUCGAGAUUAUACUGAGAAACCAUGGUUUCGAACUCUAAAGUCAAGAUGGGCAUCAAGUCGACAAGGUUUAGAAAAGAUAACAAGUAAACCAUAUAUACGCAGUGAUGUGAAUGGAACUCAACUGCAACGUUAUUUCACAUUUCCUAUCUAUUAUCGUGUACCAUAUUAUGAAGAUGGCUAUUGGACUCAACCAUACUUUGAUUGUGAUGGUAUGGUGAAAGAUUGGAUUAUCACCUAUGCAACUCCGUUCUUUGGAGUUGUUGGUGAAGAAAGAGCUUUGAGAUUUAUGGGUGUUGUAACAGCUUCUGUGAAACUGUUAUCUCUGGAUAUAAACCAAUGUCCACAAUCAUUUUAUGCACCGAAUUUCUUUAAGAAUACAGCAAGAUGUGAUUUUCGAAGUACAUAUUGUAAAUUAAUUCCACGGCACUAUUUUGUGUCUGGUAGUUAUAAGUGUGAAUGUCGUCAAGGCUUUGAAUAUCCAAUGAAUGAUAGAACAUGGUAUUUUCAUGGUGAAAUGAUGGAACGUGAAUAUCAGUUGAUGCUGGCUGGUAAACCAAAUCGUUACGAACUGUUACGAUGUCGUCAAGGGUUUGCAAGUCGACUGGCUGGUCUAUCACUUCUGACGAUUGGAUUUAUUAAUUUCUUAUCGAUAUUUAUUUACUUAUUGUGA